AUGAGGGCAGAAUCUAAGACUUUAGAUCAUCUGAGUGAGACGACCAAUAUUCAUCAAGGAUCUGAUUUUCAACUGCGGGGUGAAACAAUGAAGACAGUUGCUGAGACUUCAGAAAGAGUAUACAGGCGUGCUAGACCAGAUGAAGACACUGCUGAGAACACAAGUAAUCAUGGAACAAUGAGGGCAGACUCUAAGAUCUCAAAAAGAGUAAACAGGCGUGCUAGACCAAGCCGGGCUAGACCAACGCGUGCUGGACAAAAUGAAGACAAUCAUGAGCUUUUUGGAGAAGUCCGUGUACGUAAUCUGCCUCGUCGUGCUAGAGCUAGGAUUGCCCCUAUCGUUCUUCCUCGUCAUCUUCAUCAAUUUUAUUAA